AGGAGGAGUGGAAAUGUUUCUGCUGCUUCAAGGUAAUCAGAUGAAAGAAAAUAAAACACCUGAUGUGAGAGGAAUAAAAACGACAAGAAGGGGAGAAAAAAAAGGGAGGAAGGAGGAGAGGGAGUGGGGUGUUUCCCUGAGGCGGAGAUGUGUUUGUGUGUGAACUAAUCUCUCUCUCUCUCUCUCUCUCACACACACACACACACACACACACACACACACACACACACACACACACAUUCCCUCCCUCUCUCCCAGUCACUCAGUCAGUUGCAACAACACGCUCAGCGAGGUCGGCAGCACAAAGCAGAGUCGCUCUCUAACCAGCUCUUCACACACACACACACACUCCACACACACACACACACACACACACACCAGCAGACACACGUCAGACACUCGACACACACCUCGUCAGUGACGCCCGGGGAGCUGAAGCAAAACUAACGAGAGGAAGGAAAGAAGGAAGGAAGGAAGGAAGGAAGGAGAGUAAGAGAGACGCCGGCAAAGAGAAGAAGUAGAAGAAGAAGAGAAUUAACACAUUUUGGGACAAACAUCAAUCAGGUUGUCCAGGUGAAGAGCCUCCUGCUGACUGACAACAACAGUGUGUUCAUGAGUGUGUGCACAUAACCUCCAUCCACCCCUGCCUGUGUGUGUGUGUGUGUGUGUGUGUGUGUGUGUGUGUGUGUGUGUGUGUGUGUGUGUGUGUGUGGCACCAUGCUGUGGACGGUGGUUCUGGCUCUGCUGGUUCUUCUGCUGCUGCAGACUCAGCUGUCUGUCUGCUUAAGGGAAUUACGCAGCGGGGGCUCCAGCUCCCCUGCCUUCACCUCUUCAUCCUCCUCCUCCUCCUCUUCCUCCUCCUCCUCCUCUUCAUCCUCCUCCUCCUCCUCCUCCUAUAAUGCCACCCAGCAGCGGCUGCCCGGGGCCAUCAUCAUCGGCGUGAGGAAGGGCGGCACCAGAGCGCUGCUGGAGAUGCUCAACCUGCACCCAGACGUGGAGGUGGCCAAGGCCGAGGUUCACUACUUUAACCUGGAGGAGCACUACCGCCGUGGCCUGGCCUGGUACCGGGCCCAGAUGCCCUUCACCCUGCCGGGCCAGCUGACGGUGGAGAAGACCCCCGGCUACUUCGCGGCCCCUCUGGUCCCCGCUCGCAUCUGGGACAUGAACCCGGCCGUCCGCCUGCUGCUCAUCGUCCGGGACCCGGCGGAGCGGCUGGUGUCCGACUACACCCAGGUCCUCCACAACCGGCUGACCCGCCACAAGCCCUACCAGCCGCUGGAGGAGCUGCUGAUCCAGGAGGGCCACAUCGACCCCGGAUACAAGGCCCUGCAGAGGAGCCUGUACCACCAGCACCUGGCCCGCUGGCUGGAGCUCUUCCCCCGGGAGCAGAUCCACGUGGUGGACGGGGACGCGCUCAUCCGGGACCCCUUCCCCGAGCUGAGGAAGGCCGAGAGGUUCCUGGACCUGCCGCCCAGAAUCAGCCCCGACAACUUCUACUACAACAGCACCAAGGGCUUCUACUGCCUGCUGUCGGCCGGACACGACAAGUGCCUGGACGAGUCCAAGGGCCGGCCGCACGCGCCGCUCAGCAGCCAGGCCUUCAGGAAGCUCUGCCGCUACUUCAGGAAGCCCAACAAGUUGUUCUUUGAGAUGGUCGGGAGGUCGUUUUCCUGGUGCUGAUCCAGGAAGAACGGAUCAAAACUAACUGUGGCGACAGAACACGAUGCAUUCAGGGACACGCGAGGGGGGGGAAAGAAAGAAAACUGUGGUUUGUGUGAUUUUCUAGGUAGAUGGAAAGAUGUUAGUUCAGUCAUAAACAUUUCUUGUUGUCGAUACCGACUCGAUACUGGAAUGUCCUGCUGCCCCCGCGACCCGGCCGAAGCAGAAGAAAAUGGAUGGAUGGAUGGAUUAGGGUUGUCACGAUACUAACAUUUUCAACUUGAUACCGAUACUAGGGUUGCCAAAAGUAUCCAUACUCAAAAAAGUAUCGAUACUAAAACGUUGUAUCUGGAUACGAUACUCAUUUUCAAAAGUAUCGAUACCUAGCCAAGGAAUGAACACUUAAGUUAAGUUAUUGUUAUUUUUUUUUUAUCAAGCUUGCCUAAUAUUGUGCACAGCAUACAACCUCAAAAUAUUGUUCUAAUUGUUAUUGUUUAUUGUAUUUAUUUAUUUUUUGCACUACCUCAGACCUGAAGCUUGUUAUCAUAGUUGCAGUUUCUUUUUGCACAACUGUUUUUUAUUAUAAAUAUUUAACCUGUGGUUCUGUUCAUUUUUAUGUUGGUAUCGGUUGGUGAAAAUUUUAAUAUCGUGACAACCCUAACUGAUACUCAGGAAAAUAUUCGAUACUCGAUACCAUUUUUGAUACCACCAGGAUAAAAACAAAGACCCCAAAAUGUAACAGACAUAUUUUUAUUAACAAGAAAAAUGCAACAUGUAAAAAUGAACAGAACCACAGAUUAAAUAUUUAUAAUAAAAAACAGUUGUGGAAAAAGAAACUGCAACUAUGAUAACAAGCUUCAGGUCUGAGGUAGUGCAAAAAUAUAUAAAUACAAUAAACAAUAACAAUUAGAACAAUAUUUUGAGGUUGUAUUAUUGUAUUUCAACAAAUAAUUUGAUGAUCUUUUAGUUUUUUUUCAUGCAAAACAUGACAUUUCAGAGGGAAGUAUUAUAGUUUUUACUCCACUGUGUUUAUCUGAGGGCUGUAGUUGCUUUUCAAAUUGAUUUUUUUGCACCCAAAACAUAUAAAAAUGUAAAAUUACAGCUCAAAGUAGUAGUCUGUUAAUCAACUGAUAGAAAAUAAGUGAUUAUAAGCAACUAAUUGGAUGAUCUUUUAGUUGUUUUUCAUGCAAAACAUGACAUUUCAGACAAAAAUGCAACAUGUAGAACUGAACAGAACCACAGGUUAAAUAUUUAUAAUAAAAAACAGUUGUGCAAAAAGAAACUGCAACUAUGAUAACAAGCUUCAGGUCUGAGGUAGUGCAAUAAAUAAAUAAAUAUAAUAAACAAUAACAAUUAGAACAAUAUUUUGAGGUUGUAUGCUGUGCACAAUAUUAGGAAAGCUUGAUAAAAAAACAAAAGAAUAGCUUAACUUAAGUGUUCAUUCCUUGGCUAGGUAUCGAUACUUUUGAAAAUGAGUAUCGUAUCCAGAUACAACGUUUUAGUAUCGAUACUUUUUUGAGUAUGGAUACUUGUGACAACCCUAGGAUGGAUACCUACUCAGGUAGAACUGUGAGCAGCAGGUGGAGAACUUGAACUGCUCGUGUUGAACCUUUACUGGUGCCUCCUGGGACGAACUCUUGACGGAGCUACGACAACUGUGCCAUACGCAAAGUUUGAAACUGGAAACUAACUGCUCGUUAGUGCUCGUUGUUCAUGGGGUUGUUAACCCUUCAUCAGGCAAAGAACUAUAUUUGGUAACUUCAGGCAAUAUUUCGAGAAAAAAAGUUGCAAAUUUACUAGAUUAAAGUGGCAAAUCUACAAGAAAAAAAGUCGCAGAUUUAAGAGAUUUAAAGUGGCAAAUCUGCACGAAAAAGUCGCAGAUUUACGAGAAAAAAGUGGGGAAAAAGCAACUUUUUUCUCCCAGAUUCACCACUUUAACCCUUAAUAGGACACUCAUUGAAAUACUUGCAAAUUCCAAAUUUCAACCCUAGAGAAUAUUGGAGGAUAUUACAUACUGCUAGAAUGUGUAAAAAAAAAACAUAUGAAAAUAAUAUUUUGAGAAAAAAGUUUACGAGAUUAAAGUGGCAAAUCUACGAGAAAAAAAUGCACAGAUUUAUGAGAUUUAAAGUGGUGAAUCUGCGAGAAAAAAGUUGCUUUUUUCCCACUUUUUUUCUCGUAAAUCCGCAACUUUUUUCGCGCAGAUUUGCCACUUUAAAUCUCUUAAAUCUGCGACUUUUUUUCUUGUAGAUUUGCCACUUUAAUCUAGUAAAUUUGCCACUUUUUUCUCGUAAAUCUGUGACUUUUUUCACGCAAAUUUACCACUUUAAAUCUCUUAAAUCUGCGACUUUUUUUCUCGUAGAUUUGCCACUUUAAUCUAGUAAAUUUGCCACUUUUUUUCUCGUAAAUCUGUGACUUUUUUCGCACAGAUUUACCACUUUAAAUCUCUUAAAUCUGCAACAUUUUUUCUUGUAGAUUUGCCACUUUAAUCUAGCAAAUUUGCAACUUUUUUCUCGAAAUAUUACCUGAAGUUACCAAAUAUAGUUCUUUGCCCAAUAAAGGUUUAAAAGAAGAUGUGCAGAAGUUAGAGAGACGUAGAAAUAGUGAUGAAAAGAUGGUCGGAUUAAUGAAUUGUUGCACUAUGAACUCUUAAAUGCAUUUUUUUUUUUAAAAAGUCAACUGAGGUUCAAUGUAGACGAUUUGAUUUUUUUAUCAACAGCUGUAACAUGUUUGUGUCUUAGUAAAAAAAAUGUUUUUAUCCUCUUUAUUUCAUUCUUUUGUUACUUUAGAAGGCUGACUUUUAGAGUCACAAUCUCAAGCUUUUGAAAGUAGCUUCUCGUUUUUUGGUUCUUUUCCUUUCAAGGCCAUGUAGAACUAUCUCCAGUUUGUGUUUUUUUAAGACGUCCUUCUAAUAAAAGUGUUGAGUCCUCCA